UGACAGCUUGUGUGGGUGUGUCGUUCCGGCUCUUUAAUUGUAGGUUUUAAGAUUAUCAUCCCGGUGAUAACAUGUGAUCAUUGAUCAUUGAGAUGAUAAAUGAAUUUAUCAUCUCUUAAUUAACAGUAACAGAAGCAUUGAGUUAUACUUUGCAAUGCGAAACAAAAUGGUUGAUAUUCGUAAGGAUCUGUGUUUAACAAAAUCUUGUGCAUCAGUAAAGCACUCAGAAUAAAUUCUUAUUUGCUGUAAAUUAAUUAAAUAGAUAUGCCUGAGUUUUGUGAUCUUUUGCGUACUUCUGGUUAUUUUGCAUCUGUCAACUACUUCGACAGAGGUCUCCGACCUCAUAAUUGCCAUAUGACUUUUCCGAAACACUAAAUACUUUCCGAAGAUGGGUAUCUGCUUCAAGGUGACCAAAGAUAAGCAGUGGAGUCGGAAAAAUGGCUGGUCACCUCCACUUCACCCCCUUCAAAUACUGGCCUGGUUUUUCCUUUUUAUGUUUGCUAUCUUUUACUUCGGUAUUUUAGUUCCUAAUAUGCCAAAAGGGGCUUGGCAAAUAUCAGCAUGUAUUAUAAAUGCCAUAGUUUUCAUCUUUCAUAUUGUGAUUCAUUUGAUAAGUGUGUCAUUAAAUCCAGCAGAUGUUAAUGUUCGUGCCAAAGCGAAUAAUCGCCCUCUCCCUACAUUUGAUCGUUCAAAACAUAGUCAUGUUAUUGAAAAUGAUUACUGUCAUAUCUGUGAGGUUAAAGUAGGAAAACGAUCUAAGCACUGCAGUGCUUGUAACAAAUGUGUAUCAGAAUUUGACCACCAUUGUAAAUGGCUUAAUAAUUGUGUUGGAGGAAGGAAUUACAG